CCGAUUGAGCAUUGUGUAUGAUUUUGGAAGGGGCGUACGCACGUGGAUCUCGUGCUUCACGUGCACAUUCUCGUUUGCGGUAAGCGUUGACAGUAAGGUUUCUGUGCCUUGCAGCGUUGUAUUGUAGGAACUGGGAGGCGAAAAUCAUGAAAGUGACGGAGCUACACCUGUUAUGGUACCUGUGCGCCGUGGCGUCGCUUACCUACGUCUACCUCAUCACCGUCGGCAGCAUCGGCAUGCUUGCCCAACAGUACAAUCUGCCGUUUCCGCCAAAGGUCAAGGACACUGUAGCUGAACGGUUUCAGCCGGGCGCCUUGAAGCAACUCGUACAAUACAACGCCGCCUGGGAUGAAGCUGAUAGGCAACUUCCAAUCCUCGCGUCAUCCGGUUCCACAUUUACCUCUAACGAUUCCGGAAGUAACUUUGAAAGGUCAAGGUCAGCAUGAGAAGUUCCUCAUAUACCUCUGUCAGCGUGGGAAAUACUGCGGAGGUCUCACGGACAGGAUGAUCGGUAUCGUCACAGCUUACAUCGCUUCAGAGAUAAUGGGCAGGAGGUUUGGAAUCAAGUUCGACUCCCCGUGUUAUCUUUCUACAUACCUCGAGCCAAAUCUUAUCGACUGGGAAAUAAGCCCCUUGGACCUGAGAAACAAAACUUCAAGGGAAAGUGUACACUUGGGAAAUGCCGGAUUCGGCACUAAAAUGAACAAACACCUAGAAAAUCUGGCCAAGAUAGAUAUCAUAUACUACAGGGGCAACGUGGAUACAUUGGCACAUUUAAUGAAGAAGAAAUUGAUAAGAUCUGUGCAGUGGGCCAGAGGUAAGUCCCUGGUCGAGGUGUACAAUACAGCUCUAACCCGCCUGUUUAAGCAUUCAAAACGUCUGAAUGAGAAGUACAAACUAUUUAAGUCAACUCUGACAUAUGGCCCAAGACAACUGAUAUGCUCGCACAUGCGCAUGGGAAGGAGUGAGACUUUAACAAGUGAUUCCAACCUAACUCUUACCCUUCGACCCCGCCCGGACUCGGUGAUCCAGUUUGUGAAGAAUCGCUUAAAAGCCGGACAGGCAGAUCUGUUCCUUGCAACCGAUUCUGAGGAAAUUCGCCAAAGGUUCAAGAAAGAGUUCCCCGAUAAUUUCCGCGAAGUUGAAGGGCCGAUAACUCACAUAGACCAAGGCAGGGGACGCUACAAUUGCGGGGCAAUGGGUAAGGUGAUACUUGAUCAGUACAUUCUGUCGACUUGUAAAACUCUAAUCAUGUCGAAUAGUGGAUUCAGUCGACUUGCCGCUAUCAUGCGGGGCUCUGACCGUAACCUUUACCUGGCCUUGAACAACGGGAAGAUCAUUCGCCAAAAGAGAAUGAACCCUUCACUGUCCUACCGUAGACGAUGACAUGGCGCCGUCACAGUGGGGCUUAAGUUGUUGUUGUUUCUAUACCACUGUUACUCUUCUGUUAUGUUUUGCUUGUUUUGUUGUUACCUGUUACGACCAUUAACUGUAAACGUUAAUUUGUUCCUUUGUAAUUGUUAACAGAGCCACAUGAACCCGAGAAUGAUUCUUUUCUGACCAAACACAUGUAUUUUGAGAGCAGACAUUGGAAUCUACCGUCAGUACCAAUACUUUCUGCAAAUAAAUUUGGAAAGUCUCAAA